AAAGAAAUGACGUAACGGAUCGGCAAUAUUUAUAAUUCAGGAAGUUUAACGAGACAAAAGGGGGUAAUAAACUCACACCGGUUGAUAACUAAAAAAACUCCCACGGUUUCUCGGUGACAGAGAGAAGCCUUAAGUCCUCGAGCAGUAAUUUUACGGCAGUUUGCGGACGGCUGGCAGUCAGUCGGGCUACGUCGUUUAGUUGGAUAAACGCGACAAGUUCGUUGAAUAUAUAUCAGUGGCCAUGACCUUGUUAGGCAAUGUCGUAGAUAAGUUUAUGCACAGAAACCAGCUAUAAUGGACGUGGGAGUUGUCAGGAUAGCAGAGGAUAAAGACUUUGAAAAACUCAAGCAACUGUACGAUGACAACAAUGAGUGGAGGCUGGAUUACAACAAACCUGACCUUUCGGUCUGGACUAAAACUGUGCACGGGACGAGCUUCAGGAUGGUUAAAAUUAAGACAAGAUUUCCUGAUGUUUUACCAGAAACUUUAUACGACGUCCUCCAUGAUCCUGAAUAUAGAAAAGUUUGGGAUACACACAUGAUUGAGUCCAAGGAUAUUGGCUUUUUUAAUCCCAACAAUGACAUCGGGUACUAUUCAAUGGCAUGUCCAUCGCCUUUGAAGAAUAGAGACUUCGUUUUGCAUCGUUCAUGGUUGGAUAUUGGGCACGAACAGCUCAUCAUCAAUCAUUCUGUUUUUCACAAAGACCAUCCACCGAGGAAAAAUUACGUUAGAGCGACAUCUUAUCUCACAGGAUAUAUAGUGAGGCAAUCUCUUAACGGAGAUGGUUGUGAGUUGGGAUAUGUAUCACAUACAGAUCCACAUGGAAAAUUACCAGUAUGGCUAGUAAAUAAAGUGACACAAAUAUUUGCACCAAAGAUGGUGAAAAAAUUGCACAAAGCUGCCGUCGGUUAUCCAAGUUGGAAGAGUCUCCACAGAGUUGAUUACAAGCCUUGGCAUUUCCCAGAGCAAAUCAGUGCGCCUCGAAUACGAAUUGAAGAUUGCGUGAAAUCAAUAGAAGAGAAGAAUUCUAAAAAUAAUUUUGUUGAUGAAUCAGAACUAAAGGAAGCACCCAGUAAAGAAAUUACGACUCUGGACAGUGAUUAACAACUUGUCUUUUCGUUGUAGGAUUUUUACAUAUGAUGAAUGAUAGGAUCAUGUAGUCUAGUUCUAUAGGUGAAGUAUUAAUGUCCGUACCAGGACAUCGUCAGGUUGAAUAAUGCAUUGGAAAAAAUCGUGCGUAAAAUUGAUUUAGCUCUUAACGAAAUAAUAUCUCUUAAGCCUUAAAAAAUAUAAUCAUACAGAAUGAUAUCAAUGUUGAUAAUAACUCUUCUAAGUCCGUAUUUAACGUUAUUUAAGUUUUGAUCACAAAGACAUGAUAGUCCUGUUACUUAAAAAAAAAUGGAAGAUAAUCAUAACGGAAUAAUAAUAAUUCGAUCGUGCAUAUCUUUUAUAUUUUGAAGCCGGAGUGUAAUUGUGUUGACUCGUUUUGACUCAAUGAUCAAUCACUGCUUAUGACAGGCUGCUUGACAGGAAAACCUGCAAUCUCAGAAAUCAAGUAAAUAAUUGUAUACCAUUUAAUUCGGUCACAUCUGAUUAUAAACUCAUUGGUGUUACGUGAUAUGAUCAGGAGUCAUAGUGAGGUAUGUAUUAUAAUUGAUACAUUUACAACUCGAUUUUUUUUUAAUCGUACAUAAAUAACCUACAUUUUGUGAUUAGUUCUAAAUUCAAUAGAUACAGCUAAAUAUGUUCGGCGCAAUAUGAACAUCUAAACAUUAUACUCGUACGAAAAUAUCAUUUUACCUGUUACGACAUACGUAAAUUACAAAGUUUCAUAUCAUUUAACUACAGCCGUGUGCUCGAUAAAUCAUUAUUAGCAACAGUGGAAAUAAAUACCAAGUUCCAUACAAAUCAUCCUCCAAAUAAUAUUCUCUAUAAUUGAAAAUGAUAGCAGUUAGAAAAGAAGUAUUUUUUUUCGCACAGCACAAAUACUAUUACAUCAAUGAUAUAUUACAUAUAUCCUAUAAUAUGCUUCAAAAUAUAUUGCUCAUUGUCCUAAGUGUUAACUAUUGCUGAAGUAAAUAGUGGGGAUUUGUGGAAAAUACCAUCUCCUAUGUUAUAGGUAUAUAGGUAUACUUAUUUAAAAAUAAAAACAAAAGAAAUGUUUCAAAAUACUAUAUUUUAACUCUAUCGUCAGUAUACUGUAUAUCAUUUUGUGUGAUAAAAAAAAUGUAUGUACAAUGUGUUGAAAUCGAACUGAAGAUGUGCCGAAUACACGAGUAAAGGAACAUAAUGACUCAACAAUGUCAUAUUUUUACUGUGAAUUUAAACAGCGGAGUGGAAUCAAUGUUUGAGAUUAUCAGUUUUUUAUCUCUCAUGUUACACACACCUAUGUAUCUUCGAAUAUUAAUCAUCUGUAAAUAGUGAUUCGUAACUGCAGGUAUUUGGCAAACUCAAAUGCUUGAACAAGCUCAUUCGUAUCACUGAUUCAAUACCAAAAGUGAAAUGUAUUACCAGUUUGCAUUUAGUUAUAACCAAAGAUCAAUAAGUGCAUUAUUGCUAUGUUAUAUUUUAAAUAAUAUUGCUAAAAGUUUCUUGUUCUUCCGAUCCAGUAUACGUGUAUAUCUACUUUAAUCUUACGACUAAAUAUUUAGCUUUAUUUAAAUUUAAUGAGUGACUAAAAAUUCUUUAACACUCUAGCUAUUUUGAAUACGAAGACUUUAUCUUAUUGAUUGCACAAAUUUGUAACUGUUAUCAAUUAUCAAUUCGUUUUAUGUCGCAUCUAUUACGUAGCUGAUGUAUACGGAAAACCAAGUCAUGUUUGGAACGAAAUCAGUACUGAGUGAAUUUCUCACAAUAGCUUACCAAUCGCAAAUAAUUCCUUUUUCUCAAGCCGUAUAUAAAAUGUUACUCUAAAAAUUUUAUAGUGGUUGUAAUUAGUGGUGUAGUCAUUGAAUCAAUUGUAAAUCAAACUUCAUUCGCAUGCCUAAAAGUCUAAUAGGUUCUUGCAUUUUUCUUCGCAAAAUUAUUAUUUUAGUUUUAACGAGCACCAAAAAUUUAAUUAAAAAUCCGCCGUUCUUUGUGGCACAACUUAAUUGCUAGCUAAUUGAUUAUAGUUAAAUUAAUGCCAAGUACUCGGUGGGCAAGACAGAACUUAUUUCGCAUUUUGGUCUCUUGGCAUUUGGAAUCAUGUAUCAGCAAAUGUGAUUUCAGGUGCAAUAUUCUGUACUAACCAUAGUAAUAUGCGUUGCACUUUCCGACUUAUCCUAGUCUGCAAUGGUCAAAGAGAACGAUAGUUUGCUAAUAGAUGUAAGUUUAAUGGACUUUACAAUUUUUGAAGACGUUUUUAAUGCCAUGUGCUGAAGAUUUGUAAAAAUAUAGUUGUAAAGCGAAUAUUUAAACCUGUGAUUGUGCGUUGGUUCGAAAGAAAAGUAUGUUGUAUAUUCUGUUGCUGCACUUUAUUUAUAUAUACAUAUAUAUAUAUAUAUUAUAUAUACAAUACAUAUAUGAUACACAACAUUAUGUAUAACUUAUUCGACGUUGAUUGAGUAAAGUUGUUAAAACUGCGA